AUGCACUUUGGUGGAUCCAAUGCAGGACUUUCUCAAAAUGGUAUUUCCAUAUCAAGGGAAUCACAUGAUUCCGUCGUCAUGCAAGUGUGACAGCGGCAAUAGGCGUGUACUGUUACAGUAGGAGGAAUAGAACAUACUAAAAUGGAGAUCCCGCAUUGCCAGCAGUUACUAACCUGCGAGAAUCAUAUCAUAUUUGAUAUAAUUUUAUACAAAGACGAUAACAUUGAAUAGAAAGACAUCAGGCGCCAAUGCCAGGAAUUUGUCUAUCCGGGCCGACUUGUCUGCCGAUGGCGAUCUUCUUGUAUCCGAUAUUUCAGCCAAAAAUUCUUGCUUGUUCUUAUAUCACUAGGUAUAUAUCACCCUUACUUCGGCUCAGUGUAUAGCUGUGCUCAUUAGGAUAACCUUUCCUCUAGAUCGGUCAUUUUCUCCAAUCUGACAUAUCGUUACACUGAAAAUAUGCGAAAUCAAAAGAUAAACUGCUGA